AUGCCCCCCGAUAUCGUGUACCACUACCCCCUGCCAGCAGCGUCUUCGAAGGCCAUUCGCGUCGCGAUCGCGUUCGAGGGCGUCGUCAUGACGGUCAUCAUGAAGGAAUUCGAGACCGUGGGCGAGAUCAAAGAGCGGAUCAAGGAGCGGAUGUGCUACGACUUCCCAGCCGAGGAGCUGACGAUUCUCUGGGCGAAGAAGAACAAUCACGAGUGGCUCACGACUUUCGACGGUAGCAACCGCCAGUUACUUCACCCAGGCAACAUCCGGGACGAAGCCUGGGACGUGCUGGAUAACGCAGACUACGUGAUGGACCCGCGUGCGAUGGUAAGCGAGGCGGCGUUUGAGUUCCGAGGCGUGUUCGAGCUCCGGUCACACGAGAUUCAUGUGGUGGCGCUGCUUCCAAAGUACCGCGAGCUGUCGAACGGUAGGUACUCAGACUAG